AGCCGUGCAGCGCAUCCGUCCGCGCCGCCUCCGCUCCGGCUCCUUCCCGGCGGGAUCUGCCGGGCGGCAGCAGAGGGAGGCCGGCAGCUUCCAGGGCAGCGUCUGGGCAGGAGCCUGCGGAGACGUCAAGUGCCCUGGGAGGGGACAGGGUGGAGUUGCUGGCCGAGAGCAUUUCUGCCCCAGAGGACGGAUCCCGGAGGCUCAUCCGGAGGGAGGAAGGACGGGCUCCCGCCGGGCAACGAGGACGCGCCGCCGGAGAGGUGACAGCCGGGAGGGGGACGCCGUAAAGGAGCCACAGCCGCUUCGCGUGGGGACACGUCCACGGAGGAGCUUCGCCCGACCCCUCUCUGCUACAACGCUCUAUAUGGGAAGGAGCCGGCCAUGGAUAAGCCGUACCUUGCAGGGAGCAACUUAUGGACGAUCAACAGCUCGCUGGGGAACAGCAGUCUCGUCCCGGAGAACCAGACGUCCGGGAGGAACAGCACCACCGACCCCUUGAAGCGGAACGAGGACAUGGCCAAAGUGGAGGUGACGGUCCUCUGCCUCAUCCUCUUCCUGGCCCUGACCGGCAAUCUGUGCGUGCUGCUGGCCAUCCGCACCACCCGGCAGAAGCACUCCCGCAUGUACUUCUUCAUGAAGCACCUGAGCAUCGCUGACCUGGUGGUGGCCAUCUUCCAGGUGCUGCCCCAGCUUAUCUGGGACAUCACCUUCAGGUUUUACGGGCCAGAUUUCCUCUGCCGGUUGAUCAAGUACUUGCAGGUGGUGGGGAUGUUUGCUUCCACCUACAUGCUCCUGCUGAUGUCCCUGGACCGGUGCUUGGCCAUCUGCCAGCCGCUGAGGUCUCUGCACAGGAGGGCCGAUCGGGUCUCUGUCCUCCUCACCUGGCUGCUGUGCCUGCUGGUCAGCAUCCCUCAGAUCCACAUAUUUUCCCUGAAGGAUGUGGGCAACGGGGUCUAUGACUGCUGGGCAGAUUUCAUCCAGCCCUGGGGACCUAAAGCUUACGUCACCUGGAUCACCCUCAUGGUCUACAUCAUCCCCGUGCUGAUGCUCAGCAUCUGCUACGGCUUGAUCAGUUUCAAAAUCUGGCAAAACGUGAAGCUCAAGACAGCUCAUGGGCCAAACCUGGGCCUGAGCUCCACCUCCCGCGGUGGGACAGCCUUUGCCAGGGUCAGCAGCACCAGGCUCAUCUCCAAAGCCAAGAUCCGGACGGUCAAAAUGACCUUCAUCAUAGUGCUGGCUUUCAUAGUGUGCUGGACUCCCUUUUUCUUUGUGCAAAUGUGGUCCGUGUGGGACACGAACGCGCCCCAGGAAGCGUCGCCCUUCAUCAUCGCCAUGCUGCUGGCCAGCCUCAACAGCUGCUGCAACCCCUGGAUCUACAUGCUGUACACGGGCCACCUCUUCCACGACCUGGCGCGCCGCUGCCUCUGCUGCUCCGCGCGCUACCUGAAGGCCCGGCCCGCCUGCGAGCUGCCCGGCAGCCGCCGCAGCAACUCCUCCUCCUUCGUGCUCGGCUGCAGGAGCAGCAGCCAGCGCAGCGGUGCCCAGCCCGCUGCCCGCUGAGCACCGCCGCCCGCGGAGGCUGCGACCGCCCGCGGAGGCUGCGACUGUCCGUGGAGGCUGCGACUGUCCGCGGAUGCUGCAACCACCUGCAGAUGCUGCAACCGUCCGCGGAUGCUGCAACCGUCCGUGGAUGCUGCAACCAUUUGCGGAUGCUGCUGCCACCCGCGGAUGCUGCUGCCACCCGCGGAUGCUGCUGCCACCCACGGAUGCUGCAACAGUCCGCGGAUGCUGCAACCAUUCGCGGAUGCUGCUGCCACCCGCGGAUGCUGCAACCGUCCGCGGAUGCUGCAACCGUCCGCGGAUGCUGCAACCGUCCGCGGAUGCUGCAACCGCCGGCUGCACCCGGGCUGCUGGGCGAUGCCUCCUCCGGGGCACGUGCUCCGGAGCGGAGCCGCGGGCCGGCGGGCGGGAAGGCCCCGGAUCCCGCGGGAUGGGGAGGGGAAGCCCGGGCACCUCCCCGCCGCGGCCGAGCUUUCGCUUCGGGCUGCCCGCAGACCGCAUUUAGCCUCUCACGCCGACGCAACGCGCUCGCUCUGCAACACACAAAGCCGUGCCAGCGGCGUGGGUUUUUACUGUCAAGACACAUCUGCAAUAAAGUUUUCUGACUCUGG